AUGUAUAACCAAGAUAACCUUGCAAUCCGGGUAUCCUCAUCCCAAGACCUUCCAUCGGCAGAGUUCCUUCAUCAUUCAUCAGCUCAACGUGUCAACACCGACGUCAUCAUCUUCCAGGCAAUCAGAUCGCAAUAUCCUGGAAAACAAGUAAUCAUCUGCCCAGAAAGAAAUUGCAACCUCAUCCAAUAUGCUGCAAGAGGACUUGCCAGCGCAGUUCCAAUUGAUGAUGCAAAGGAGCCGUCCCUGACGUCUCUCAAAUGGCGUCUUUAUGUGCCGCCAAGCCGUCGACUUGAUGGCGAUUCUGGUCAAAUUAUUGACGGUUUGCAUUUCGGCAAAUUUUUAUAUUCUUGGAAUGGGCACGAGUUCAUCCUCUACUUUGUCGAUGGCAGAGAUGGUCAAGAAGCUUAUCCCACAACCAGACAUAACUACAUAGUCGGUGAUGAAAAUGCAAUCAACCAACUGAUCAAUACGGUCGGGAAAUUUACAAAUGAACUCCACAACGAGAUAUGGGUGUUCGAACAGAGCAUGUGGCGCAAGGAUGCGGAUCUGUGGCGAAGCGUCCAUAAGGCGUCGUGGGACGACGUCAUUCUUGACGCUGAUAUGAAGAAAGCCAUCAUUACCGAUGCUCGCCGAUUCUUCGACUCUAGGUCCACAUAUGCUCAGCUUCGCGUGCCCUGGAAGAGAGGUCUUAUUUACUACGGUCCACCGGGUAAUGGAAAGACCAUUUCCAUCAAGGCUAUGAUGCACGAUCUGUACAACAGAAAGCCUGCUGUGCCUACAUUAUACGUCAAGACUCUAUCUGGAUAUUUGCCUCCAGCUAUGGCGCUCGCCGAAAUCUUCUCCAAGGCAAGGCAAGAGGCACCCUGUUUCUUGGUGUUUGAAGACCUGGAUAGUAUCGUCUCAGACAGUGUCCGAAGCUUCUUUUUGAAUGAGGUGGACGGGUUGUCAAGCAAUGAUGGAAUCCUGAUGGUAGGUAGCACGAACCAUCUUGAGCGUCUCGACCCGGGUAUCUCCAAGCGGCCGAGUCGCUUUGACAGGAAGUACUUGUUUCCGAACCCCAAUGAAGCGGAGCGAGUAAAAUAUUGCGAGUAUUGGCAGCGGAAACUCUCUGACAACAAGGACAUUGACUUCCCGCAUGUGCUGUGCAAAGCAAUUGCCAAAAUUACCGACGACUUCAGUUUUGCUUAUAUCCAGGAAGCAUUCGUAGCUGCUUUGCUUUCUAUUGCGGCGGCCGAUGGGGAAACGGUGACUUUCGUGGAAGAGGAUGAGCUGAACAAAUACAUUCUCUGGCGGGAGAUCAAGAAACAGGUUAAGAUAUUGCGUGAUGACCUUGACAAGUCGGGCAAUUAG